AGGACCCGAGGGGGGCAAGGACUCUGUGGGGGAGUCGGUGAGAGACUAUGGGGAAGGACCAGGAGCUGCUGGAAGCUGCUCGCACUGGAAAUGUGGCUCUGGUGGAGAAACUCCUGUCUGGCAGGAAAGGAGGGAUCCUGGGCGGUGGAUCCGGACCCCUGCCCCUGUCUAAUCUGCUAAGCAUCUGGCGAGGCCCCAAUGUGAACUGCACAGACAGUUCGGGUUAUACUGCUUUACACCACGCAGCCUUAAAUGGACAUAAGGACAUAGUUCUCAAACUACUUCAGUAUGAGGCAUCAACAAAUGUAGCAGACAACAAAGGGUAUUUUCCUAUUCAUCUGGCUGCCUGGAAAGGAGAUGUGGAAAUUGUGAAGAUUCUUAUUCAUCAUGGACCAUCACAUUCCAGGGUCAAUGAACAGAACAAUGAAAACGAAACUGCCCUACACUGUGCAGCUCAAUAUGGACACUCAGAAGUAGUUGCUGUUCUCCUAGAAGAGCUCACUGACCCGACAAUUAGGAAUAGCAAGCUGGAAACACCUUUGGACUUGGCAGCACUCUACGGACGGCUUAGAGUGGUAAAAAUGAUCAUCAGUGCACAUCCUAACUUAAUGAGCUGCAACACUCGCAAGCACACGCCACUUCACCUUGCUGCGCGCAAUGGCCACAAAGCAGUCGUGCAGGUGCUGCUGGAGGCAGGAAUGGAUGUGAGCUGUCAAACAGAAAAGGGGAGUGCACUUCAUGAAGCAGCUUUGUUUGGAAAGGUGGAUGUUGUACGAGUUCUGUUAGAAACAGGAAUUGAUGCCAACAUAAAGGAUAGCUUAGGCAGAACUGUUUUGGACAUUCUGAAAGAACAUCCAUCUCAGAAAUCUCUCCAGAUUGCAACGCUCUUACAAGAGUAUUUAGAAGGCAUGGGAAGAUCUACAGUUCUUGAAGAGCCUGUACAGGAAGAUGCAACACAGGAAACACACAUUUCAUCUCCUGUCGAGUCUCCUUCCCAAAAGACCAAAAGUGAAACCGUUACUGGAGAAUUAUCAAAACUCUUGGAUGAAAUAAAACUCUGUCAAGAAAAGGAUUAUUCAUUUGAAGACUUGUGCCACACAAUAUCAGACCACUACUUAGAUAAUUUGAGCAAGAUUUCAGAGGAAGAACUUGGGAAAAAUGGAAGCCAGAGUGUAAGAACCUCAUCUACAAUAAAUUUGUCACCAGGAGAAGUGGAAGAGGAGGAUGAUGUUGAAAACACAUGUGGGCCAUCAGGACUUUGGGAAGCAUUAACUCCGUGUAACGGAUGUAGGAAUCUUGGCUUCCCCAUGCUUGCACAGGAGUCCUAUCCAAAGAAGAGAAAUUACACUAUGGAAAUUGUACCAUCUGCUUCUCUGGAUACAUUUCCUUCAGAAAAUGAGAACUUUCUGUGUGAUCUCAUGGACACAGCUGUUACAAAGAAACCUUGCUCCUUAGAAAUCGCGAGGGCAUCUUCCCCAAGAACUGAUAAUACCUCUGAGAUAGCAGUUACUACUCCAGGAACGAGUAACCAUAGAAACAGCUCAACAGGCCCAACACCUGACUGCUCACCUCCAUCCCCUGAUACUGCCCUCAAAAAUAUUGUAAAAGUCAUUCGACCCCAGCCUAAACAGCGAACAUCCAUUGUGUCUUCUCUGGAUUUUCACCGAAUGAAUCACAACCAAGAAUAUUUUGAAAUCAACACAUCUACAGGGUGCAAAAGCUUUACUGCCAGCCCUCCUGCUAGUCCACCCACCUCUUCUGUGGGAACCACAGAAGUCAAGAAUGAGGGAACUGACCAUACAGAUGACCUCGCCCAACAGGAUGACAAUGAUCCCCCAAAAGAAUAUGAUCCUGGGCAAUUUGCAGGUCUCCUCCAUGGAUCCUCUCCAGCCUGCGAGUCCCCUGAAAAUCCAUUUCAUCUCUAUGGGAAAAGAGAACAGUGUGAAAAAGGACAAGAUGAAGUCAGUGUGGCAAACAGUCCUUUGCCUUUCAAGCAGUCUCCAAUAGAAAAUAACUCAGAACCUUUGGUAAAGAAAAUUAAACCCAAAGUGGUCAGUAGAACAAUUUUUCACAAAAAAAGCAACCAACUCGAAAACCAUACCAUUGUUGGCACAAGAUCAACCAGGAGUGGAUCCCGGAAUGGGGAUCAGUGGGUUAUGAAUACAGGGGGAUUUGUGGAGAGAGCCUGUACUCUGGGGAGAAUAAGGUCAUUGCCUAAAGCCUUGAUUGACAUGCAUUUGUCAAAAAGUGUCUCUAAAUCUGAUUCUGAUCUCAUUGCCUAUCCUUCCAAUGAGAAAACAUCAAGGGUUAACUGGAGUGAAUCUUCCACUGCAGAACACAGUUCUAAAGGAAAUUCUGAAAGAACACCAUCCUUCACAUCGGAAUGGGAAGAAAUUGACAAGAUAAUGAGUUCCAUAGAUGUUGGAAUCAACAAUGAACUUAAAGAGAUGAAUGGUGAGACCACAAGACCCAGAUGCCCUGUCCAAACAGUGGGACAAUGGUUGGAAAGCAUUGGGCUACCUCAGUACGAGAACCACCUGAUGGCUAAUGGAUUUGACAAUGUGCAGUUUAUGGGAAGCAAUGUUAUGGAAGAUCAGGAUUUGUUGGAAAUUGGAAUCCUUAAUUCUGGGCACCGACAAAGAAUUCUACAGGCAAUCCAGCUCCUUCCAAAGAUGAGACCCAUUGGGCAUGAUGGCUACCAUCCCACCUCUGUAGCUGAGUGGCUGGAUUCUAUUGAACUGGGUGACUACACCAAAGCCUUUCUAAUUAAUGGCUACACAUCGAUGGACCUGUUGAAAAAAAUCUGGGAGGUUGAACUUAUUAAUGUUUUAAAAAUCAAUUUGAUUGGCCACAGGAAACGCAUUUUGGCAUCUCUGGGAGACAGGCUGCACGACGAUCCCCCACAGAAGCCCCCUCGGUCCAUCACCCUCAGGGAACCCAGUGGUAAUCACACUCCUCCUCAGUUGUCUCCAUCACUUAGCCAAAGCACUUACACCACUGGUGGCUCCCUAGACGUUCCUCACAUUAUCAUGCAGGGCGAUGCAAGGAGGAGAAGAAAUGAAAACUACUUUGAUGAUAUUCCCCGAUCAAAACUGGAGAGGCAGAUGGCUCAGCAGUCGUCUGUCUGUGAAAUAUGGACGAAUCAGAACGCAGGAUUUCCUUUCUCAGCGAUCCAUCAGGUUCAUAAUACAGGAGACUGGGGAGAACCUUCUAUUACCUUGCGACCUCCAAAUGAAGCCACAGCCUCCACUCCGGUACAGUACUGGCAGCAUCACCCAGAAAAGCUUAUCUUCCAGUCAUGUGAUUACAAAGCUUUUUAUUUAGGUUCUAUGCUGAUAAAAGAGCUUAGGGGGACAGAGUCAACCCAAGAUGCUUGUGCAAAAAUGCGGGCUAACUGUCAGAAGUCUACGGAGCAAAUGAAGAAGGUCCCUACUAUUAUUCUCUCUGUCUCAUAUAAAGGAGUCAAAUUUAUUGAUGCAACAAAUAAGAACAUAAUUGCUGAGCAUGAAAUUCGUAAUAUCUCCUGUGCUGCCCAGGACCCAGAAGACCUCUCAACAUUUGCCUAUAUCACAAAAGAUUUGAAAUCCAAUCACCACUACUGUCAUGUGUUUACUGCCUUCGAUGUGAAUUUAGCCUACGAAAUCAUCUUAACCCUGGGACAGGCCUUUGAAGUCGCUUACCAGCUAGCACUACAAGCAAGAAAAGGGGGACACUCCUCCACACUUCCAGAAAGCUUUGAAAACAAACCCUCCAAACCCAUCCCCAAGCCCCGCGUUAGCAUUCGCAAGUCCGUGGAUCUUCUCCAUGCCAGCCAUACCGGGCAGGAACCAUCAGAGAGACACACUGAGGAGGCACUCAGAAAAUUUUGAUAGAAUUGAAUUUACAUAUAGCUGAUAAAGCCUAGAUAGAAAGACUGAUGGAUUUAGCUUGAAUCUUUCACUUUAGUCGUCUAAUCAACCGAUAAAUGACAAGCAAAGAGUGAAACAAUCCAAAAAUGUUUUUCAAAACAAUUUUGUGAAUUUUAUUUUUACAAAAGUUUUUUAAAUUCAUAUUUUAAAAUGUAUAACAAGGCAAAAAAUCAUAUAAGCUGUAUCACAAAUACAAAAAGUUUCAAAACAUACGAGACAUAUAAUGUAAAAAAAUUUUAUAUAUAUGAAGUCCAUGUAAUUUCUAACACAAAAAAUAUCAGGAAGGGAAAAUGCUUUAAAAAUGCUCAACUGCAAACUACAAAACAAUUAUCUUCCUCUGGAUUAACUGCAUGAACUGCCAUGAAAUGUACACCUCCAUCCUAUUAGGUGUCUCUUUCCUCAUGUUACUUUGACUUUCUUCCCAUUUUUCUUUUAAGACAGGGUCUUGCUAUGUCACCUGGGCUGGACUCAAACUCCAGGGUCCAAGCAAUCCUCGUGCCUUAGCCUCCCAAGGAGCCGGGAUUACAGGCACGAGCUACCGCACCCGGCUCUUAAUUAUUUUUUAAGACGGGGCCAUUCAAGGCUUUUUAAAAGCUGGUGUAUGUUGUUAAUAACAGUCAGUGGCUUUUAAUUCCAAAAGGUAAUACUUUAUACUCUGAGCUAUACGUGAGAUGAGCCCCUAAACAGUGUGCACAAAUAAAGUUAUGAUUUGGAUAUUCUAAGGAGACAUACCACUUACAGAAAUUUCUUUUAAUAAAGUUAAGGUUUUACUUUUCACAUUUGCUUAAAAUCACAGUAAGCCUGUAAACUAGCUCCUUUUUUUUUGUUUAAAAACAAAAAACCUCCUUAACAAUGCAAAAUAUUGUAUUCACUGUAUUUAUAGUGCCAUCAAAGGCUAAAUAGGAAUAUCUUAUCUAAAAUACAUCUGAGUGGUCUAUUCCCUUACCCUCUCUCCGAACAACCCCAGAGUUAUACUAAUAUGCACCAACAAUAAAAACAAGUUGUUUAUCUACUGUUAACACUAGUAAUCAUUUGAUUUAGUUUCAGUUACAGAAACAAAAAGAAAUCUUUGAAUUUUGAUUAUUUUUUUCUGAGAACGACAUUUACUAUUAAUUUAUCUCCAUUGCCCUUAAUAAUAUAUUUCAGAGACAAUGUUUCUUUAGAUUUAAGCUUCAGCUAAAGUUCCUGAUCAGGAGGUCAAAAAUAGCUAGUUAGUGAUGAGUUUUUUUUCCCCUGUCAAAAGCUAUUUUUCCUGAUUAACCUUGGAGAUAAAAGAAGAGGAAGGAAAUGGGGGGGGGGAGAGAGAGAGAGAGGAAUAGGUUGAUUGAAAGGUUAAUCCUCUAGAGUUACUAGAAGAACACAUAACUUCUAGAACUACACAGAAAACCAGAGAAUUCUCUUGAAAUUCACUGAGAAUGGCAUUAACAAUGCCAUUCAUCUAAAAGUAAAUGGAAUCAGAUGAAAAUUGUUUUAUUUCACAUUUCUUAAAAAAAUAUUAUUAAGGCUUAUGAUUAAAAUUGACCCCAACUCAAUGACUUAACAUUUAGCAAUGGAGAAACUGAUUUUUAAAAAAGAAAAAAGUGAGGAUUAGGCAAGAUCAGAUUCAUUCAAGUAAGAAGUCUGGUACAUAAGAAACCAGAGGGAACAGGACUAGGGCCCAACUCAGAUACUGACAACUAGAGUCCAGAUAUGGCACAGGGCUGCCAGCAGCUACAGUGAGAAAAGGAUAGACCAAUAAAAUCUAUUCUCUCAAACAUAUAAGUUUUACUUCACAAAAAGAACAGCUGAAGUCCAGGCCAGUGGCUCACGCGUGUAAUCCCUACACUUUGGGAGGCUAAGGCAGGAGGAUUACUUGAGGCUAAGAGUUCAAGACCAGCCUAGGCAACAUAGUGAGACCCUGUCUCUACAAAAAAUUUAAAAAUUAGCUGGGUGUGGUGGCUCAUGCCUGUAAUCUCAGCUACUUGGGAGGCUGAGGCAGGAGGACUGCUUGAACCCAGGAGUUUGAGGCUGCAAUGAGGUAUGAUCAUGCCGCUGCACUCCAGCCUGGGUGAUACAGCAAUACCCUGUCUCCAUUAAAAAAGAAGCGGUCUGGCCAAGUGCGGUGGCUCACACCUGUAAUCCCAGCACUCUGGGAGGCCAAGGUGGGCAGAUCACAAGGUCAAGAGAUCAAGAGCAUCCUGGCCAACAUGGUGAAACCCCAACUCUAUUAAAAAUACAAAAAUUAGCUGGGCGUGGUGGCUUGCUCCUGUAGUCCCAGCUACUCAGGAGGCUGAGGCAAGAGAAUCGCUUGAACCCAGGAAGCGGAGGUUGUAGUGAGCCGAGAUCGCACCACUGCACUCCAGCCUGGUGACAGAGCGAGACUCUGUCUCAAAAAAAAAAAGGAAGGGGCCUACUAAAUCCAAGACUCAUUUAUUGAGUCAAUUAAAGGAAACGCUGCAGACUAUGCACACAGACAAAACAUUUUUAAAGCAAAUUUAAAGAGUGCAAAUAAACUCCAAAAUUGUAUUGGGAGAACAAUACCCUCUUGGGGUAAGUGUGAUUCAAAAAUCAGGUCACUGCUACCCUGAGGCACAGCCUGUAUAACAGUAUUAAAUACAGAUAUUAAAAUACAGACUUCCUCCAAAUUCUUCUCAUUAAUUAUGUCCACCAUUUUGAAUGCAUCCAGACAGAAUUUUACCAACAGUAUAACAAGGUAUGUAUUCACAUUUUCAUUUGCAUCUUAAGUACAAACUGUUGAUGAUGAUCAUGAAAAACAAGAUUAAAGGUAUGUUCAUUUGGGAAGAAGCUACAUUAAUAUUAUUCAUCCAACCACAAACACUUUUGUAAUGAAUGCAAUACUGCACAAUUCAGAGCUUUACAAAAAGUUGAUAUCAGUUUCAUUAGAAUUUUUUUCCAAUUUAAAUUUUUAAAAAGUUCAACUUAAGUAGUGCUUAACUAUUUUAUUCUAAAGUCUGUAAAAUAUAUAAAAUACCAAGAUUAUCCACAGUCACAUAUGUUUUGAAGUCAGGGGACACAUGUAUUUUCUUAAGAUUGGUUCCAUUUGUGUAGAAGGUCUGUAAGGAUUGCCCAGUGACAACGUUCCACCACUGUUCAGAGAAAAAUAAAAUUCUCAUUAGAUUGGUAA